CUCGAGCGGAGAAUUAACAGUCAGAUCUUGGGAGUCAAAGGUUUAAGCGAACAUAAGAAGAGGGUGAUCUCGAUCGAGUCAGGAGGAAUUUCAUCACACAGCAUGUAUAUGAGUUUGAGAAACAAAAUGCUCCAACAGAGCUUCGUCAAUGGGUGGGGACUUCAUGAGACCAUAACCUCUGCGAUACCGGUGCAGCGCUCUACCAACUGAGUUAACGAGCCAACUGGGAGCUGGCCAUUAUGUUGGAUCCAAAUAAACCUUCGAAGUGGUGAAUAAUAGCUGUAAACAUAUGAAAAUCAUAUGUGUGUACUGCGGUUGAAGAAACGUAUUUAGAAUCAAUCCCACCAGCUAAGAACACUACUGAACUAGUCGUUAAAACAAGGCCUGAAAAAAGAAUCACAUUUUUCGUGACCAAGAUGACAAAUAUCACCCCAUACAUGAUCCGCUUUCCCUCAGAUAUCCUCUUUUCAAAAUGCAAAACUCUUUCCAUGUAAAUCUGCUCUCCACGUGGGCGUACAAAGUAAAUUAGAAAUGCAUAGCACAGCUGGUUACUCUUAUGACAUCACCAAUUUGAAGAGGGUCCGUUUAAGCGUGAAACACACAAGGGGCUGUCCUUACUAAAAGCCUCACAGGGUUGUCCAAACAUUAAAAGUCAGGUGCUGAGGUAUUGGCACGCAAAAUAUCCGUGUACGGUCAAUUUGCGUUUCUCUCUCUCUGCUAAAACCAGAACGAAAAAAAUUAACAGAAGGUAAGUCCAUAUCUGUCUGUGAUAGUAAAGACAAAAAUUUCACUCGAUCUUCUCUAACUUCGAACUAAAUAAAAAAAGCGAAAAAGAAUGCAGUAAUUGAUAGAAGUAGGUUCUCUGUGGUGGUACGUGAUAACAAUUUUUUUUUUCGGAAGAGCGCGAGGCUGAGCGAAAAUAAAGAAACGUAACGUUUAAGACAGUUUCAAACUUAGUUCGAAAACGAAGAUUGAAAUGUUGGGAUUCCGGUUUGGAUUUCUUUUAGCACGUUUGAAUUUCUUAGAUAUAUAUCCAUCACUUGAAGUCUACAAUUGAGGUUGUGGUUCACUUCGCUGAGAUGAUCGGAGAUCGUCGCUUCAUGAGACCGAAGAAAGUUACGCAGGAGUUCUGCUAUUAAAGAAAUUUCAGAAAAGAAGGCCUAAAAAAAAAUUCAGUCUUUGACGUGAUUCGAACCCUCCCUGAAAUCAGUUGGGCGCCACUGCGCGCUCAGUUCAUGAUAGUUGGGCCUAAGCAGUAUGGGUUUGAGUGACAGGGACACCUGAAUGGUUAUAAUGAACAUGAAACUUCUGAGUUGAACAGAGCUCUCGUCAUGUUUUCUCCUGUAAACGACGACUGUUACUAUUACAAAUAAUUCAAUUUUUGAAUCGUUAAAUCUUGCUCUUCAAUGAGUCGUUUCCAGUACGAAAAAAACAGCGUCUAAAAGAAACACCUAUUUUCAAUUCGUCAUUUCAUUCAAGAAAGACUUUAAACGUACACGGAAUUUAAGCCUCUGUGGUUUGACCCUUAGAGGACAAAAGAAUGAUGAAACGAAAACACGACACUGGAAGCGCCAUCCCUUCCCGUUGAUCGAAGAACGACGGAGAAAAUUUCGUUUCUGAACGCAACUCUAAUUUUGAAUUUUUUUCAUAAUCUCGACCAUAUACAGCUGCACUACUUUUAAAGGUUUUGAAGUCGCCCAGGGGAGCUUUGAAUAGGCAGGUGACGUAUUAAUUUUUAUGGGACAGAGCGAGGGCGACUGAACAAGUGCUGAAAAUUUAUAUAACGUAAAUAGUGCCCUUAUAGUUGCACCCAGAAAGCACCCGAUCCGUUAACUCAUUUUAAGCUACAGGAGUAUUAAGUCUAUCAAUUGCGUUGAUAGAGCACUUUCUCGAUGACUGUAAAAACUUCUAUUGUGCUUCAGUGAAUUAUUUAUUAUUUAUUGUCUCCAUUUAUAAAUCGCGGCACCCUACAUUUGUAAUGAAAACUGAAGUCAUAUUCAAAUGAGCAGUUAACUGCUUCUUACUCGCUCGCGUUUUUUAUGUGAGGACCCCUGAGUUCUCCAGUAAAGUGGAUUAUGAUGGGCUUUUGCAGUUCUCUCUUUCACUUGAUGACACUGCGCAGAAGACCACCGAAGCACGGUUUUUCAAACUGGUAUUCAAAAUUUAACUAAUUAGUAUUGUGUACACUCGUAACAAUUGUCGCGAAUUCGCAAAACCCCGAAAGUUAAGAGAAGAAGCUUUUGUUGCCACUGUCUGCCUUACGAAAAAUGUGGCCUCGAGUUUACAUUCUUCUCAGUAACAAAAUAUAAGCACCUAAGGCAAUUUCUUGGUGAGCAGUUAAUGAAGGAAGUCGAAACGACCAACAUUACCCGUAGAAUGGCACAAUAGUUAACGGGUAUUAGGUUCCACAACCAAUUGAAAUUACCUGCAUGGUCCUUAACAUUAGAAAAUUACCUUACGGUCGGUGGAUCCAAGAAUUUGCCAGCCACCCACGCUUGUUUCCGGAUGUCCAAAUCUUACGAAAUUUUAAGACAGUCUUAAAAAAGAUAAUAAGUUAAAAGUAGACUGCUUUGUCUAAACACGGUUUACCACUCUAGUUUUGUUUCUAAAACAAAUAGGAAGAUAUCAAGUGAAAUUAACGUUCGCACGCCAUAUGCAUCCAGGUAAGAAGUGUUAAAUUUAACGACGAUUUUUUUUUAAUCAACUUUUUUCUUGUGAGUGGGCAUAUGCUAUUUAUUCUUAGUAUAAAAAAUCACACACGGAAAAUUUAGUUUCAAUAUCACUGAUUCCCAAUUUGUGGUAACACAGUUAAGUCUAUAGUUACAAUACCAGGGAGGAAAUAAUUACAGCUGAAUUAUCAAGAUCUUCUUUCACUUUAGGCUAAGUAAAAAUUUCAUGUUUUCUAACACAAAAGCUCCUAAACCCAGUGGAAACGUCAGCCCUCCUAUAUCAUUUUCGUAAAAAAUUAUUUCAACCCCGAUACGUUAAGCUAAAUUGUUCCUAGAACAUCCAAAAUCUCACUACUAAGAUAGAAAUGUACAAAAUAUACCGUAAAAAUGACUUCAACGCCAUAAAAUCUCCUGCUUACGCGCUCAUCUGAAUCUAUAUUUCAACACCUUUCCCCUUUGUUUUCUACUUGGUCUCAUUUUUGCGUGUCUCUUUUUUUUUUGUUGCCUCUUUCCGUGUUACCCCAUGAACUGCUACAAAAGGCAGAGAAAAAGAGCCAAGAACGAUAAAGAUGAAAUUUUAGGCUAUGGGCUGUAGCCUCUGCGAAAGUAGCUCACGUCACCCCGCUCUCACAACUCCGAUGACAAAGUUUAAUGUUUUCAAGACAAAUACAUCUCUCGCAAACUAAGAAUAGAAACGUCACACGAGCAUGCAAAAAUACGACUGAGAAAACAUGGAAUAUCUUCUUGGUAGAUUGCAACCUGUGAACAGCCGCCCUCUCCUUGAUAGAUUUCUUCAAAAUGAUAGAAAGGAGUUACGAGAUUACCAUCAAUUCGACUGCCUUCCAUAUGAACUAGUCUUACUAAUCCAUCAAAUCCUACACCUAAUUUUAUUUUACCAUUACAUGUCUAGGAAAAAGGGGAACCUGAACUUCAUCAAGUUACAUUUCGGUAUCUAAAUAACAUUUUACAAUUGAUAAGAGACACCCAAAUACAAAACAAAUUUAAAGUAGAAAUUGUAAUAAUAAGUAAGCGUCUCGUCUGCUCCCUUUCACCUCACAAUGCUACACUUCAAAAAAACAUAUCAGAAAAGUAGCUCAUUGCAUAUCUAUCAGAUUUACCCCUUGCACCUAAACAUCAGAAUUUUCACUCUCCAUAUUAUUCUGAAAAUCUGGAGAAUACACAAGUGCUAACAAGGAGAGUUUCGGUUUAACAAGCUUUAGCUUCCUUAGUUGUUGAUCAUUUCUUUUAUUCUCAUGACCUUUAUGUGUGAUUCGGGGGUUAAAUUGUAGGGAGAAAUAAGAUGCUAGUCACUCUUAGGGACGAAGGGUUAAUAGUUUAAAAUUUGUUUUAAUUGUGUUGUCUUCUUUGUGACAAAUGUCAACACAAGACAAUGAAAAUUUAUCUCUGAAAUGUAAUUAAUCAGAGUUAAAACGGUGACUUAUGACCUGUGUCUAAACACAAUUGUUAACCAGGAACACAAUCAACAACACACAGUACAGCACCUGAUCUUAAAUAAAACUAAAACAUUAUCUUAUUGUCUUUUCAACCAAUAACGGCAGGCAACGAUUGUUUCUGAGGCGCAAAAGCUUAUGAAAUUUUAAGAGAGUUUUGGUGAAAUAUAACAAUAAAAUAAAUUUCCUUAGUAAAUUUGUUACAACAAGCUUGAUCUGACUGCCCGUACGUUUCCUGAUUUAUUCUCAAAACAAAAACUGGGAGAUCGACUCAAACGAACGUAUUUGUUUUGUCGUUAGGUAGGUGAUGUUAAAUAUGACGGUGUAUUUCUCUUAAUUUGUCUGUUGAUGUUUUCUUUUUUCGUUGUUUUUUUUUUUAUACAUCCUGUAACAGUUUUAAGACGUACAGCAAAACACGAGAAUUCCUAGUUCAUGUUCCCGUAAUUUAGUCUAUGGCCACGCGAGAAAUAAAUAAAUUUUAUUAUUGUCACGACAAAAACGCUUCGUUUGUUCCAGUUCCUAAGAAAUCUUGAGCCAUCAGAUUGGUUCCGAUUCACCUAAAAUACUAUUAACAUCACGUGAAGCACACACUUUGCCGUUGAAGACAAGCAGCGAGUUAUUAUAUCUCAGGCACGCACACAAUCAUAUUUCUCCUUCUUCAAUCAGCCAUUUCUGUUUGUCCCCUCCUUCCUGUUCACGCUAAGAGUUUUAGAAUGCUGGAUUCAAGAAAGGGAACCGAGAAACACAAAGGACCACUAUUAUGGGGCAAAAGUUGACUGAUAUGAACCCUGAAGGGAAAUAGAAAUUUCGUUAACCCGGUUUCCUAGGUCUGAAGGCGGAACUCAGUUUUCAGAACGCUUAGGGGGCCCAUAACCUACACGUCCAUUUCUAGGAAGCAUUUCUACAUUCUUACUGUUUUUGUACCCUGUGACUUAACUAAACUUUGCUGUGUUAUAAGUUUUUAGGCACUCCAAGAUGAUACUUGCUUUAAGUGUCCUAGUUUUCACGCUGGUUCACAGGAGUGUGGUAAGCUUUUUAAGCGAUAUCUCAAGACAAUUAAAAAGAUACAUUCCUCAUAGUCGACAUCCAAAUAAUUUUGGAGAGACUGUACUCCUACGUGUAACUAUAGAAUGUACCAAAUUGGGAAAAUUUAAAAGUUCCAAAAAGCAGUAGACCGCACUAUCUCAGUCAAUACAUAAACAAGUAAUCCAAAGAAUUUCUUAAAAAUCAAUUUUCAUUCAAUAGAGAGGAAAUUAUGGAGUCGUAUUUGACCAAACCCAGCAUUCCUUUCCACCCUUCAUCACUCUCUUUCUCUUCACCGUGCCCCGCGUCACUUUGGGAUAGUGAUGAAGUUAAACUACGAUUUCUUAUGGUAAUCGAGCUAAGUGGAGUGCAAUUUGGUCUGAAAUAUAAGCAUAAGCGUGGUUUGAAAUCAUAAGUAUGAUUUCAGACCAAAAUUGCACGAAACGGAGUUCAAUUACCAAGGGGGGAGAGGGGAGUGGUUGGAGAAUUUUGUUUGUGUCACAAUGAAAUUUACUUGAAUUGCCCUUAUGAUACCGUCCUCCCUCAUUAGCAGUCAACUAGCAGUCAAUUUACUAUACCCCCCUUCAUACUGUAUUGGCGACGACAAUCCCCCUUUCCCUCCCUCUAAAAACCAUGUGUUACCCGUCAUAAUCCUCCGACCCCCCUCUCCCCCUCGUGUUAAAUCAUGACUGAUACAUAAAGAGUAUAAAUAGUCCAUGAUCUUUCAUAAAUCUGAAUCAAGUUUCCCGAUUCAGUCGAACUGGAAAAUCACAUUAACUGGCUGUUGUGCCGAUUACUUUGAUUUGAAUCAGUUUAAGAUACUUUACAAAGAUGCACUCUAGCCCUACAAGUGAAACAAAAAAACUGAAAAAAAUUACUCACUGUGUGGCUUGUCUGACAGGUGUGUGAUGAACUGUACCCUAUCUCACAAGUCGAGGACCUCCUCCAGAAUCAGCCCGAGUGGACCUUGGCCGACUACAGUGAGCCUGUAGAGGGAAAACUUUCUGAUGAACCGUAAGCUUACAAUCACUGAUAUUUCAACUAUCAUGAAUUUAGAACGAUUUUGUGUAAAUGCCGAUAUAAGUUAUCGUGUUUGGAUCAAGAGAGGACCUAACUGUGUCAAUAACAAAAUGCUUGAAUAUGAGCAGCCUUUAGAAGCCCUAAUUUGGGAUUUUCUAGCUAUUUCAAGUCCAAAAUGUUCGAUUACAAACACUAACAGUCGGACAGGUCAAAUCAGACAGUUGAGCAGUCACCUAAAAUCAAGUACUUUACGCCAUCAUUCAAUAAAACUCAGCUACCUACCGAAUCAAAGUGAAAACUAAUGACGUCAGGUUGAUAGGUCCACAUUAGAAACAUAGUAACGUGGACAAAACUAACAGGUCCAGUUACUUUUACUCAGUAUCAGUAAGAAUGGUACGUGCUCUUACAUGAAAUUUUUCAUUCCUGAGUUUUUCAUGUUUUUUUAUUGACACAAUUCAUUGGAAAUCGGACUGCGAGUCGUACAACUAAGGGGUAACGCUGAUCGUAAUUUCAAAUUACCCUUGCACUACGUACUCGGCCGAUUUGAAAUCCUUCGCCUGAUGACUCCCUGAAUUAUACUCAGUCCUAUCACCAUCACAUAUCACGAUAAAAAUACUUCGCUGAAAAUCCAAUGAACUAAUGAGCUUCGAAACUUCCCCACAACACAAGAGAGUUUGAAUAUGAAUCUUGGGUCUUAUUUCACAAAAACAGAUUUUUAGCUUCAAACUUGCUUCAGAACGACCCCGAUCAAGAUGACCUGAAGUGGAUGGAGACUGACAUUGUGGCCAAGUAUAAAUUUAAGAAAGAUCCCAAGAAAGAUAUAUGGAUAUUUCAACCCAACUUCGCAGGACAAAUCGGCACAACAGACUUUGCCAAAGAUGCGGAUAGGAUAAAGAAGUUCUUUAAACGAAACAACGAUUGGGCAGCUAUGAAAAAAAAAUUCCGCACCCCUACUAGCUGUCUUCAACUCCUGUACAUCACUGCCGCUAGGUAUCUCUUUGUGACACACGUUCUUUACGUUCUAAGUGGUAAUAAGCUAAAACCUUGCGUGAGAACAACGGCAAAGAAAAUUGAAAUCCCUGACUCUGUGUGCUUUCCUGAGCCUUACGGAUCGGCUUCUUGCACUUCGGACUACGACGUCGGGCUUGUUGGAAAAGACGCUGGUACGCUUACAGAGAAAUUCAACAACUUUUUCCAAGACAGAAAUGAAUUCGGGAAACCCUCGGAGAUCGUUUUUGACACAAAUGUCUACGCCUUCACCCUGGAGUACGCCAUGCCACUUCUGUUUGUUAAACUACCGCCUACAUUUGCCAAAGAUGUAGAGAACAACGAAAAAACAUUAAACAGCAAGAUGCAAGAAUUAGCCAGCGCUUAUUACAAGGUCUACAAGUACAACAUAAAGUUCUUCGAAACGAUGGUAAAUGGAGCGAAGUUAUCAAUGAAGGGAGCACCCAAAUCAAAAGCAUUCUUGGAAAAGUGGCUGGAAACCUUUAAGAGCUUGGAUGCUAAAAUUCCGAUGAGACCUGGGGGAGGAGUGACAGAGAGUGGCCUGAGACUGGCCCAUAACAAUCAGUAUCAAGCCCUGGUGAAAGAAAUGACUUCAAAAGGAGGAUACAAACCGGCAUUGUUAGGUAAUCAUAACUGGACCAGCGGCACUCCAAGCUGGCUGUAACCGUUUUGGUCGCCAUGGCGAGCGGGUAGAAUUUUGGCUAAUUUUUCAAUUUCAGCGAAAGUCGUCAAAUUGACGACCUGUGUUUGGCGGUUGACUAAGUAGCAAACUGAAACGUUUUCAAUCUUUGAUUUUCCGAUCCGUAGUGAAGGUGAAACAGACAUUUAUAUAAAAUAAUAUGAUCGCUCCUUCAUUACCUCCACGGUUUCGCAAGUGUCCAGUUUGAAAUGUCGCGUAAAAACGAUUGCUAGUCGUGUUACGACCACAUUUCUUCGGAGAGUCAUCUCUACUUCCGUACUGAUCAUAUCAAAGUUUUCCACCCCCUACCAAAAAAAAAACCACACUCGAUUUUUAUUCAGAGAUAGCAAUUCCUGGUUUAACGUUUCGGUAAUUUUCUUCAAACAGAUGUUCUUGCAAAGGCCCUGAUCUACGCAGCUGAAGCUUAUCACACGCGAGGCGCCAUACGACAUGUAGUGGGUGGCACACAAAUGAAAGUGAUUGACAUAUCGACGUCACUUUCGCUUAUGGACCUGUGGGUAUCCAUGAUCGAAAACUGGGGAGAGUCAAACAAGGAGUUUGGCCAUUGCCAGAAGGAACCUCUGGAGGUAUGCUUCCUUAAGAUGAGUAAGUACAUGUGGAGAAUGUUUAACGCAAUGAACUUAAUCCGUACUAAAAUAAAACCCGAAAACAGGCUUGGUUUGGUGCACUUUGGAGAGGGCAUGAGCGAUCCUGAGUAUGCGAUGAGAAUGUGGCUCGACUACAAAAGGCAAGGAAAGACCGCCAUUCCAAAGCAACAGGACAAAGUUAUACAGUUUUUGAGACAAUUCAAAUGCGAUAAAGCCCAAAUCGGUCAGCCGAUAUCGUCGACUUGCAUCGCGAAGAUGAAUGAUAAAGUCAACGCCUACAACGUGAGAUUGGCUGCGCAGUGGACCGACGCACCUGUGCCACCGCCCUGGCGCUACUAAGAUUUUACAUCGUGAUAUUUAUUGCUUUUCGAUGGAGCAAGAUGCAGUACAAAAAUUAAAUUAAAGUGAUUAUCUCAAACAAAAGUAACAAUGGUACAUAUCAAUAGGAGCCAGUGGGUGCUCAAGAAAAAUUUGUCUGGCUCCAUCAGUGCUUCAAGUUUAGCACCUGAUUUGUUGAAACAAAACACAUUUCACCUCAAACAAGGGAAUCACUUGACCCUUUAACACUUCAAACCCAUAUCAAAUUUGUAAUUCUCCUUACUGUCAACCAUACAAUUCAUAUAAUGUUAGUUCAGAGAAUUAAGUAUUGGAUCAACUGAUUAUCCCCAAAUUGACUCAUGGGAGUUAAUUCCCAUGAGUGGCCAAGACAAAAUCUCUCCUUACAAUAUCAAUACAAUAGCAAGCAGAAAAUGAACAAGAAUACAGAAAAAUAUCAAUUAGGAGUAAUAAGUUGAUCCAAUACCAAAUUCUCCAAACUAACAUCAGAAGAAUUGUAUGGCAGAUGGUAAGGAGAAUUACUAAUGAGAUCUUUGAAGUGAAAGAGUUAAAAACUUAUUCCACUUCUUGAUGUUACUUAACUCUCAUUUAAUUUUAUAUUUGCAUAUAAAAUAACUUCCUUUUUCCAUUUGACAUCAUAGGCAUCAUAGUAUACACUAUAUAUGCAUUGGAAUUAAUGAAAGGACAGAGUUAACCCAUGAGAUCUGUACAAUGCUCACAUACCAAUUUACCAAAAACAUGAAUAAUUACUAAAUAAAUGUUAUGUCAAUAAGAUAUCAAGCAGCAAGUGAUGAGAAUAAAGAAAAAUACCAUUGAGGGG